AAGUUUAAAAAAAAAAUCAAAACACAAUCUUUUUAAGAGAAAGCAUAAGCGUCAAGCUUGGAACCAUGCUCCCAGAAAACACAGAGUUCAGAAUCACGGUCCUUCCGCUUUUUGCCUCCGGCCACGUGAUUCCGAUAAUUGACAUGGCCAGGCUCUUUGCCCACCAUGGCGCCACUGUCACCAUCAUCACAACCGAGUCCAAUGCCUGCGUUUUCCAGAACAGCAUCGACCGUGACUUUGAGGCCGGAUUCAAAAUUCAGACCCACAUUGUUACCUUCCCCGGAGCGGAGGUUGGCCUCGCCCCCGGCAUCGAAAACUACAGUGAUGUCUCUUCCCGCCACCUCCAAGCCAAAAUCUAUCAAGCCUUUCUCAUUCUCGACAAACUUAUAGACCAGGAAAUCAUUCCAGCAACCCAACCAGACUGCAUUCUGAGCGACCUAUCGCACUCGUGGACAACGGAUACGGCGGAGAGGCUCGGGGUGCCGCGGCUGGUGGUCUCGGUGUCUAACUUCAUGGCAUACUCUGCAGAGCACUCUGUUAUGCAACAUCAUCCUGAACAGAAAGUAGCCUCGGACACAGAGGCAUUCGAAAUCCCAGGAUUACCCCACCGCAUCCAAAUGACCAAAUCCCAGCAGCCAGAAUUUUUUAUCCAGCGAAACGCCUUCACGGCGAUGCUAGAGAGGUACAAGGAAGCAGAGAGAAGAAGCUACGGAACCGUAAUGAACACAUUUUAUGAACUAGAUGGGGUUUAUUUAGAGCAUUACAAAAAGAUAAUCGGAAUCAAAGCUUGGGGAAUAGGCCCAGUUUCAUUGGCAGUGAAUAAAGAUAUGAAAGGAAAAAGCGAGAGGGGAAACAAAUCGAAUGUGGAGAGUGAAGAGUUAUUGGAAUGGUUGAAUUCUAAGGAACCGAAUUCUGUUUUGUAUGUGAGUUUUGGGAGUAUGGUCAGGUUUCCGCCACCACAAAUGGCUGAGAUUGCACAUGGGCUUGAAGAUUCUGGCAUAAAUUUCAUAUGGGUCAUUCGAAACAAGGGUAAAAACGACGGCGGAGAGGAGGAGGAGGGACUGCCAGAGGGGUUUGAAGAGAGGAUUAAGAACAAGAAUAGGGGAUUAAUUAUUCGGAUUUGGGCGCCACAACUUUUAAUUUUGGAGCACCCAUCAACGGGGGGUUUCUUGACGCACUGUGGGUGGAAUUCUUCCAUUGAAGGGAUCAGCGCCGGUAAGCCGAUGGUGACAUGGCCGGUCAGCUCGGAGCAGUUUUAUACUGAGAAACUUCUGACAGAGGUGCUGCAGGUGGGGGUUCCGGUGGGGGCGCAGUGGUGGUGGAAUAUGAACGAAGAGAUGAAGGAGAUUGUGAGCAGAGAGAAAGUGGGGAAGGGUGUGGGGUUUCUAAUGGGAGCAACGAAGGAGGCGGUGGCGAUUAGAAAGCGGGCCGAACAACUCGGGGCUGCUGCGAAUAGGGCGGUUCAAAGCGGCGGCUCGUCGGAGCAAAAUUUGGUUUCAUUGAUGAAAGAGUUGAGGGCAGUUAAGUUUAAAGGCAAAGCUUAAAAUGUUUGUGGUCAUGCAACUGUCGGCCUCAAUCCUACGAAGACGUCAACGAAAAUAUCUUUAAAAUGUUUAAUGGAUAUUUCUGAAAAAAUAAACACAAAUAAUAAGAAAUGCACGACUUCUUUUUCUUAAAUAA